AUGGAGACAACGCCCCCAGCUGGCAACCAACGCACCAACGACGAAGUGGUGAAGGACGCAACAAAGCUCAUCGCCCUGCUCGAUAGAUACUCCGUCCUCCGCGGUGACACCCUCACCACAUGCCCAGAUAUCACUCCAAUUCUGGUGCAGAACACCGAAGAAGCCAUGGGCAACAUCAAGCCCGGCAUUCCCGCAGCGCUGCAGAUCUACCCGAUCGUGCCGCUGUCCAGUCACCUGGAUGAGCUGGAUGCUGAGAGGGCCGAGAUGUCCAGGAUCAGGAGCGGGUUGCGCGUUCUUAUGACAAAGGACGAGGUCAAGAGUGCGGCCAAAAAGAUCAUAAUGGACGAGUACGCGCGCUUGAUCCAGCCGAAAGAUGUCAUGGAGAAGUUUGAGAAGAAGGAAACAACAAUCAUGCUCCUACAGCUGCGGCAUGAGCAGGCCAAGGAGAAGGAGCCUAAGAUCGAGGAGUUCAGCUUUGAGCUUAUUGAAGGGUUGCUGAAGGAUGGGAAGGUGUCUCGAGUGUGGACCUACUGGCUUGAGAAGAACACUUCUUGGGAUGGGUUCCUGUCAUUCCUCACCAAGGCUUCAGUGAGUGGAUUUGCCGAAGCGCGCGGUCACCCAAGAGGAUACAGCUUGAAGGACGGGAAAUGGUUGUACUCUCUUAUGAACGCCCAGUACGUUCAGCAGGGCAACCACCACGACCUGGCCACAACGGAAGACUAUCGCGCCAUGAGAAGCCACAUUGACAGUGGGAAAUGGGCGUGCAUCCUCAUCAUGCACGAGCUGGUGUGGCAAGAAGCGAGGGUCAAGCAAGCGAUGCCUGUGAAGGAUGGACUUGAGCUGGAUGGUGUAUUUCUAAGUGGAUGGGACGAAUUCGCCAAUGUUAACUUUCAUCUCUGA